AAUUCUGUCAAUUUUCUUCCCUUUUCUUACCCCCAACAAAUAUUAGCAAACAUCUUUGCUCUCAAACCCAAUCUUCAACUUCCUAAUAUUCCUUCCCUCUCUUUUCCCAAAUCCUUACCAACACCAUUAAAAUCACCUAUACAAUCACUCAACAGUCAACCUAAAACUUCAGAUUUUUAGAUAGCAAAAUUUACAUGAGCUUAGCUUACAAAUCAACAAAACCAAAUAAUCCAACCCAAUAAAAGGAAAAGUCUAAGCUUACAAAAAAGAGCAUGGAGUUAUUAAGUUAUUCUAAAAUGAUUCAUCACCUCUUUCAUUCUAAAUCCAAACAAGAUUUGAACUAAUUUUUCAUCCUUGAAAAUAAACUAUAGUCUUAUCAUCAUGAUUAAAUUUCUUUCUUUUAAUUAGCUAGCUAGGGUUAUUAAGCUUUAAAUUUAAAGGUUGAAAAUGGAUCAAGUUACAGCUCAUGGAAGACCACUUCCACCUCCAUUUCAUAGUAAUAAUAAUCUUCAUCAUCAAUUUCAUCAUUUUCAACAACAGCAACAACAACAACAGCAUCAUCAUCAAAGCUCAGAAGCUGAACAAAGUGGGAGUAGCAGUGACCUCAAAUCAAAUCUUAAAAGGGAAAGAGAUGAGUCCGGAGCAGCCGAAAGCAAAGAUGAAGGUGGAGAUCAUGGGGGAGAUAGUGAGAUCCAUAGACGCCCAAGAGGAAGACCCGCUGGAUCAAAGAAUAAACCAAAACCACCCAUUAUAAUCACAAGGGAUAGUGCUAAUGCCCUUAGAUCUCAUGUUAUGGAACUAGCUAAUGGCUGUGAUAUCAUGGAUACUAUUACUAAUUUUGCCCGUCGUAGGCAAAGAGGGGUUUGUAUCUUAAGUGGGACCGGGACCGUUCUUAAUGUUACACUUCGCCAGCCUGGAGCUCCGGGGGCGGUUGUAACGCUACAUGGGAGGUUUGAGAUUCUUUCUCUUUCUGGGUCUUUUCUACCUCCGCCGGCCCCACCUACUGCUUCAGGUCUAACUAUUUAUUUAGCUGGAGGGCAGGGCCAGGUAGUUGGGGGUGGGGUUGUGGGGCCACUACUAGCAUCAGGGCCAAUAGUGGUCAUGGCGGCAUCUUUUGGAAACGCCGCCUAUGAAAGAUUGCCUCUUGAAGAGGAAGACGGAGCUGGGGUUAUGUUGCCGGGGGGAGGUGGCAUAGAAUCUUCACCAUCUGGAGGAUUAGGGGGACAAGUUAUGAGUGAUCCAAGUAAUAAUGGCGGCGGAAAUGGAGGAGGAUUAUUGCAUAGUGGCUUGUCUCCAAAUUUGUUGAAUUCUUUGCAACCUGAAGCUUUUUGGGGUAAUCCUAAUAGACCACCUUAUUAAAAAUUAUAAAAUUGUUGUUACAAUUUACUCGAUCCUUUGUUGGAUUUAUAAAUGAAUGUUCUCUUUUCUUUGUUGGUUGUUUAGACGAUGCAAACUUUAUAAAGUUUUACUAAGAAUUUAAAGUACACAGAAACAAAGUUUAAUUUAUUCUCUCAGUUUAUGGCCGGCUUUCUUAGUCUAUUCGAUUAUGUCAUUUAAUAUUUAUACUUUUUUUAUAUAGAUAAUUUUAUCCA